AUGUCAUUCAAUAAUCCAUUCGAUAAUGAUAUCGAAAGAAUAGCCACGAACCACUCUCAUAAAUACAAAGAUUACCCUGAAUUUGACUCACUUUCAACUAGUAUUGACAACCAAUUACAUCAUAUCAACAACACCCAACUAUCAUCAAUCAAACAGCAGUUGCUCCAAUUCGAAAAAGAUCCCCUUGACACAUCUGUAGCUGAAAAUUUAAGCUCCAAUUUCAAAACUACCACUGAACUGUAUCGGAAAUUGAAUGACUAUGUGAAACAGUUGAAUAAUACGAUUAAAUCAGCUGAAGAUGAUCGUGAAGAUGUCGAAAUUGUCAAUUAUCUCAAACAGAAGGAAGGUAUACAAAUCAAAUUGAUCAGGGAUAGUCUAGGCAAUUUCAAAAAUUACCAAAGGCGAUUCGAAUCUAAGCAAUCAAGUCAAUUACCCGCACCUGGAUCCACCACCACGACUGAAAAUGCAGACGAUGGACAAAAGCAGCAGCAACAACAACAACAACAACAACAACAACAGGUUCAAAUCACAUAUGAGCCAGUUAAUGCAGAAGAAUUAGAGCAACAGACGCUUUUAGUACAAGAAAGAGAACGAGAAAUUCAUCAAAUUCAACAAGAUACGCAAGAAAUCAACAAUAUCUUUUCCAAUUUAUCAUCGAUAAUCAAUGAGCAACAGUUUCAAGUUGAUAGCAUUGAAAACAAUAUCUUCAGUUAUAGUUCAAAUGCAAGACAAGCGUCGAAUGAGUUGAGAAGUGCCCAUCGUUACCAAAAGAGAUCAAGUGGCACUUUAUUUUGCUGCUUGAUGAUUUUAUUGGGAGUUUUGGGAUUUAUUAUAUUGAUAGGGUUGAUAUUCUAG